ACUAGCAUUCUUCCUCAAUCUUCAAUGACGCUUGCGGUCUAAGAGAACGACAUCAACACAAGCAACAGCAUAUAGUCUCGUCUUUCCGAUCUUCCCAUUCGCGGCCAUGUCCGCUGCCACUCUCAAUGCAUCGCAAGAUAGCGUCGCCUCCUCAGCAGCAUCGUCCUCCGGCGGCGGCUCCUCCAAAGAUGGUCUUCCAAUGCCUGCCCGUCGAGUGAGCACCUUCGACUCCUCAAGCUCUUCAUCUUACUCGCCGUCGAAUCCACACGACCCGAAUCUCAAGCCCGCCGCCUCCAUCCUCGCCAACGCACACGAGGGUACAUCCCGGGAAAAGGUACGGGCCAAGUCCUCCAAGCGCUCCGCCUUCAAGGCUGCCUUUGUACCGGUGCAGCCGGGCAGAUUGAUCAAGAGCAAUGGCAAGCCGCUAGGCAAGAGCUUCGAGCGCAAGACGCCCUUGCCGCAGGGGGCUAAAUUCGAGGGUGGUGUGGUACUGCAGCAUGACCCGAGAGGAGAGGAGGCGAGCUCCGGUGAUGGGCUUGUCCCGGCAGGGGCAACGAGCAGCGAUACUACCGGGAGUAGCAGCGUGAACGGCGCUAGUAGUGGGGAGGUCACGGGGGAUAGUCUGAGCGAGAGUGGGAGCACCACAGGACUGUCUUCUUCGCCUUCCACGUCGAUGUCGUCCUAUAGCCGAAGCCCUUCAGUGGAUACGGCGGCUGGUGGCGAAGAGGACGAUGUCUUCUCUGAGGUCUCGUCGCCCAUUCACCACCCGAGGAGUCGGACGAACACCAUGUCCACGGAGAGCUCGUCCAGUGGCUCUUCACAAUGUGCCAUCCGCUUUGCCCCCCUCCCCGUCUCCGGUCGCCUCAAGCGCGCCAACUCAAUCACAAUCGGCGUCGCAGCUCGAUCCCAACUCCUACGAUCGCAAGGCACCGGCCGCAACUCAUCUCAAUUUCCUGCACAGCCCAUCCAAGCACCGCUGCCGCACGGCAUGUCCUACCAAGAUACGCACAAGGGUGUACAAGCCGGCUCGCCCAACUACAAUCCCAGGAACAGCAAGCAGAAUGUUCAGCGUAGCGGCUCUCAGAAUUCGGGCACGCCAGGGUCCGUGGGAUCUUCUGGGUCACGAAGGAGCGGAGAGUCGCAGGUCGGCAGCCCAUCUUCGCAGAGCAGCAGCAGCAUCAAUAGCAUGUCAGGCUUUGGGGCCUUGCCGGACGAUACCGUCGACUUGGGCGAGGAGCUGAGCAAGGGGUUGAAGUCGGCUUGGAGGAAGAUGAGGGGAGGGAGCACCAGUAACGGUAGUGACAAGAACGCCAAUGGCGAGAAGACGGCAGUGGGAGCUCCGACAGAUAAAGUCACCCCUUCGACGGUCUCCGCAACCAAGAAGACGAGCGGCUUUGACGCACCGUCCAAUACGGCGGACAAGAGCCGUACGGGCUCAGCAAUCGCUGCGGACCCAGGAGGAGGAGCGAGCAAAGGCGCUUCAUCGGGGGGCGCGGCCACGCCUGCCGCAGGCGACCACACACCGCGACGUCCCACUUCACCAGCACAAGGCCUCUCCGCCCUCUCAUUGCAGGAUCGACAACAGCAGCAGGCCCAGGACUCAUCGCAGGGCUCGCAUCAUGACCAUUUCCCUGCACAUGGCAGCGCGAAUACCCACAAGGAUCAUUCUCACGGACCGGGCCCAUGGCAGCACCACAACCCAUUCCUCGUCGACCACGAAGAUCGCGGAGGAGACGGAGCGAAGACGCCUCGUGCCUCACAGCAGAAUGCUGAUGCCGGCAGCAGCGGCAUGACUGGCGGUGGUCCACAUCGACGUCUCUCCACAGGUGCCUUCCUCAAGAACGAGAGCCUGAGGGAGAUGCAGGAGCGCAGAAGGAAGGGUCUGCUUGGGAUGGAGGGUGAGAGCCCUGAUGAGCAUGAUGAUGAGCACGACGAGGACGGCUUCGAGGAGGCCGAGCAAGGUGCGAUGGAUCAGGCGCGCGAGCAGGAGACCUUCGCCGCUUCGCUCAAGCAGUCCCUCGGCCGCACUGGAGCGGGUACCGUUCUGGCUCGCCUGUCCCCGUGGGGCGGGCAGGCACCGGCCUCGACGGAUGAUCAGGAUGUGGGAAGGGGUUUGCAGAGGCAAGACGACGUUGUGAUGCCCAAGCAUAAUCCUGAGCAGGAGGAUGACAGCAGCAGCAGCGGGAGGAAUGACGAUGAUGAGGGAGAGGAAGACGAAGACGAGGAGGAGAUGCGCGAGGCUGAACAGCUGGCAGAACAGAGUGCGGCGGCCGCUUCGAGGGGAAGAAUGGAGAAGGCCGCUGCGGUUGAGAAGGUGCACUGAUGCAGGACGAGGAUGUGGUGUCAAUAUGGACUUUUGUCGUGCUUUCGACUUUGAUUCAAUACGCUAUGGUCGUGUUGUUACUAUUUGACUUUGAUUCUGGUUGAGUCAAGUCUCUGUAUGGUGUGCCGAGCUGCGUUGAAGACGUCAAGGUGGACGCCGACGCCUGAGGCACAAGCCGCUACGGCGCUUCAUAGCACCGGCACGUCGCUUCUCUACUCUCGCACUCUCUUCUUCUACUUUCCGCCUCCCAAUCACCAGUCUCUUAUGCCCGCCCGCCUCAAGCUUGAAACUUCCUCAGUGUUG